AUGGAUUAAAAAUAAUAGUCAGAUUAAACUUCAAACCUAAAAAUGUUCACUCUUAAGGUACAAUAAACCCCUUUGCAGGAUAAAAACUUAAGAUUGAUAACUAUAAAAGAAUAUGCUACUUCGAGGACAGCAUCAACUUAUUUUACUUAAAACAAUUUAAUGAAGUAAGAUAGUAAAUUGUUUUAAAUAUCUAAAAACAGCUUUUUUGAUGCUUUUUAUGCUGCCUACAUCUUGCAUGGCGAUGUAAUGAUUUCAGCUAGUGAUAUAUGGCUUACUAUUUGUCAUAAAUUCGCAGCAGAAAUCAAUAAAGAUGCUGAAAAAUAUAGACAUCUUUUUGUAUCUCAUGAAGGAAAGAAAGAGUUAACUAUCUAUCUUAAUGGGCUAUCCUAAGAUUGGAAGGACUUUCCUUGCUAAAAUAAUAGAUGGGACAAAGCGAUGGAGUUAUUUAGUGUUGAAAUAUCCAAAAACACUAAAGGAGACAUAGCUUAAUUAAUUAAAAAUGAUUUCUCUUCUACUAAUUGGAUAGAAAAAGCUUCUUCUAAUAUAUGCUUAAUGUCUUAAAUGCAAAAUUAUUUUGAUUACAAAAUGAUGAUGUGUGGAUGCGGCAUAUAGAAUGUUCAUUUUGUUGGCGGAAUUGAAGAUUUUGAGCAUUUAGCAGCAAAGAUUUCUACUUUGAAAUAAAAUUAUUAACUAAAUAAUUACUUUACAAAUUACUUAUCUAAUGUAUUAAAAAUUGUUAAUACCUUCAUUAGCUAAAUGCAAAACCCUAAUUAGCCAGAUAUUGCUAAGUUCUGGAAUAGUAUAUUUGAAGAAACAAGUGUGCCAAAGUAUGGACUUUCUGGAAUAAGAUAAGGUGAAUAGAUAUCUUUUAGAGGCUGGUUCAGACACUUCUUUAAUGCUGAUCAAAUUUUAAAAGAUGAAGUGCCAUAAUUUGCUUCUUAAGCUCCUGUGAAAGCAUCUGAUCAAAUUAAAAAUAAGAGUUACAAUCUAACAUUUAUCACUAAAAUGGAAGGUAUAGAAGAAAUAGAACCUAAUGUUUUCCGUCCAAAUAUUAAUAUUAGUGUCUUAGAUGCUGAUUAAACUAAACAAAAAACUUAAUAAUUUUGGUGA